AUGACUAUUAAUAAUACCAAUAAUAAUACUACUACUACUACUACCACUACUACUAACGGUAACAAGGAUGAACCAAUAUCUAUUAAAAAUGUAUUUAAUAGAAUAUUGUGUACAUGUCAAUGUGGACAACCAGUGUCCAUUCAAAAUCUUAGUCAUAUAGUUGGAUGUGCUAUUCAAAGUACCGAAGGAAUGCCAUACACUCUUCCAAUUACAUUUACCAUUGACGAAAAGGAAAAGGAUGAAGCAAAUCAUAAAUACUUUAUUCCAAAGUCAUUCUAUCCAAUCGUUGAUGACAUGUUUCAAACCAUUUAUAAGAAGGAUCUAGAGGAAAAGGAAGAUGAAGAAGAUGAAGAUGAUGAAAAAAAGGAUAAAGUAGAUGAAAAUGAAGCAGAGGUAGAGGAAAGACAUCCAAAGAAAUACAAGCAGCAAAAAAAGGAAAAGAGAAUCAAGAAAAAUAAGUGGGAUAGAAAUAAUAAGCAAUGGGAAUAUAAUUAA